GAAAAGAAAAUGGCUGCAACAAAAGCGCGCGAGUGCGACUAAAAAAUAAUUUUGUAAUACCGCGCGAACGUGCAUUCUUAUUGACUGGGAAAUUGAAUGUUUUUUUAUAAAUUUUGUAUUGAAUCAGAAUUCUGUAAAAGUUUUCAAUACGUGACAAAGGAAAAGAUUUUAAUAUUUAAGCAAAAACAGACCAAACUGUAAAUUCUUUAUUUUUACAGUAACUUUAAAAUAGUAAUAGGAUAUAAAAAUGCAUGAUUUUUGUAAUGAUUUUGAUAGUGUUACACCCGAUAUAUGGAUGCUAAAUGAAGCCGCAUGGAAUGAAAGACUUAUUCAGUUACCAAACUGGGAGAAGAUUCCUCUAAUAAACUCAAAUGCUUCACACAACUUGCCUGAUGGCUCUUUGGUCCGUUUUCGUGGGAUGGUCCAGGACAUGCAUAACCCAGAAUUCUUCUUUGAACAGUUUGAAGUAUUCAACACAGUUACUAAUGAAAUAAAGAACAAAUCUGGAAAAUACACUGAUACAGCGCAUAUCUUGGAAAAUGAAAAGAUAAACUACACUGAAAAUCUUAAAAGUGCCCAACGUCAGACCAUAGUAGUAGUCUCGAUGCCAGGUUUGAACAAAUGGGCACAGAGUAUAGAAGAUGAACAGAACUAUCUUAAACACUUGGACCAGCUGCCCAAUACAUCAAAAAGGUUAAACUUGAACUCUACAAAGCUAAAGCGUAGCUACGAUGAGAGUGAUGAAGACCCUGAUGCUAUGGAUGUGGAGAAUGAUGGAGGUGGUAAUAAAGAAAGAAGGACAGCUGAAGUUGUAAGCAAUGCAUCAAAGGUGGUGUCCAGAGAGCAUUUACUUAACUUUCCACUUCCCAAUGUUGCUAGCCAGUCAUGUAUUGUCAAGGUAUAUGAUGAUAAUGAUAAUCUCAAAAUAAACGACAUGAUCGAAGUGGUAGGCUUUCUAUCCGUGGACCCGGCACUAUCAGGCGAGUUCCAAGCCGAAAAGGACUAUUUGCUGGAACCCACAUCCGAGACUGAUGCAGAGAUCAUAACGCAUAACCCUCCUCCCAGUCUGGUGCCUAGAUUGCAUGCAGUGCAUGUAAAGAAGUUGAAACAUUGCAACCCGUUGGUUAGGGGAGCUAUAGAUCAAGAGACUAUACUAAAAGAAGCAAACACAGCAAGAGAGCAUCUGUUGAAAGCGUUAAAAGAGCUGCUUCUGGGAGAUGAGUUGACUGCAGAGUAUUUAAUAUGCCACCUCAUUGCUUGCAUAUAUCUCCGUCAAGAUACAUUUGCCCUAGGACAGUUUUGCCUCAACAUAUCCAACCUGCCUACUAAGAAAUACCCUAACUACGCUAAACAGCUGUAUGACAUCAUCAAACAGUUUGUCACCAAGAGCUACUAUCUGCCGCUCACUGUACAGAAUAUGAACACUAUGGCACUACUACCUAAAAAAGACUAUCACUGUAACCGACUAACAAGUGGCAUUCUACAACUAAGCAAGCACACACACCUGGUUCUUGACGAGACCCAAAUGGAACAAGGCCAGUUAGAUGCCACUGGAGUGAACAACAUCUCAGCUCUGGGCAAUCUCAUCAAACUGCAGAAAGUUGAAUAUGACUUCAAGUAUUAUAAGAUGGAAUUUGAUUCUGAUAUAAAUGUGCUGGUCUUAUCCGAGGGAAAGUCUUUGUUACCGAGUGACUAUUACAUACCCCUACGGCCGGAGGAGUCGUCGUUGGAAAUAUUCGACGCGAUCGUGGAAGCGGCUACUUACUACUUGAAGGAAGAGAUCAUGAACACCAUCAGAAUAUAUCUAACUAACCUGAAACUCGCCAAAUACUCUAUUAGUGAAAACUUACAGUUUGUAGAAGACGAUUUCGUAGAAAUGCGCAGUAACUCGGAUAGCGAUAACCCAGUAACAGCAGACGACUUGCACCGACUCUUAGUACUAGCGCGCCUCGUCAGCCUCUCCAGAGGUCACGAUACGCUCACCAGAGACUGCUGGGAACACACUAAAAAGAUGGAGGAAGAAAGGCUACACAGGCUCAAAAAUAGAAUUGCACCUACUUUGUAAUUUCUUUUUAAAUUUAAGUGUAAUGUGCA